UGAACAAAAAAAAAGGUUUCGAAUGAAUGAACGGGUUAUCAUGGACAAAAUUCCAGAUCAGAUUGGUUAUUUGGUGUUAGCUGAGGACGGCGCUGUUCUUGAGUCAGGCGGAGAGUUGGAGAACGACGAACGAGUAGCAACUAUUAUAACUGACCUCAUCACUUUAUCUAACAAGGUAGAUCCUGCUGCCUUUGCACCUAAUGAGCAAUUCAAGAAAAUAACAAUAACAUACGACGAUCACUGGUUUGUAGUUUGCCUCUCCAACAAAAAGAUUUAUGUGGUGAAGAAAAAUAUUCCAAUAUCUACUACUGAAGGUAACACUGUGAAUGUUUGAAGAUAGUUAAAUCAAAACCACAACAUGGGACGAAAUUUAUUAAUGAGUAGUCUGGAAAACGCUUCAUUCAACAUUGUAUUCCAAAUUUUAUUCCGUUGUGUCACAUUUAUUAUCAAUGCAUGGGUAAUACGUAAUGUAGGCCAUGAAGUCCUUGGUAUAAUGAAUGUUCGGUUAUUGUUAUUAGAGAGUACUAUUCUAUUUUUAAGUCGGGAACCAUUCAACCGUGCCUGUUUAGGCCAAAAAGAU